AUGCUUUCGCUCGUCAUUUGCGUCCUGUUUGCACUUCAGCGCUUUGUUCUCCAAAGUGCAUCAGAGUACUCGUCCAAAUCCGAGCUGGAUUACGAAUUCGGUGACUAUCGAGGCAAGUUCUGCAUGGACGAUCAAGGAUUUGUUUAUGGCAUCGGGCAGGUUUAUUACCCGGGCUCCACAGCUUGUCCCUGCACCUGCACAGAGGACGGUCCCGUGUGUGUCAGACCCAAGUGCCCGCGAAUACACCCGAGAUGCACGCGCAUCAAAUAUAAGUCAUGCUGUCCCGUGUGUGAAGCGGUCAGUAAAGUUUGCUUGUUCCGGGGCAAAACUUACAGAGUGCUGGAGGAAUUUCGGUUGUCACCCUGUGAGCGCUGCCGGUGUGAAGUUAACAAAGAAGUUUACUGCACCAUAUCCGGCUGUCCGGCUUUGCACUGUGUAAAUCCUGUAUACGAACCCAACCAUUGCUGUCCGGUGUGCAAAAGUGGGCCAAACUGCUUUGCUGGAAAUCGCGUGAUCUCCGCAGGAGAGCGUGUGGAGAUUGAUGAGCAGACGGUGUGUUUCUGCACCUACCGGGAUGGAACGUGGCAGACGCACCCUCACGCUACCUGCGAGGAGCGAGAAGACAAUGAAGCCACUGACUCCGACAACACGUCCAAACAGAUGGAGGAGCAGGAGAAGGAGAAGGAGAGAGAGAGAGUGUUCUGGCCCAGGCUAGAUGCCAUCCCGUGACGGCAAGGGUGCCUGGCACCAGCUCUUCUGACAGGCAGGAGGGGAUGCAGGUGUCUGUGCCCAGGGUAAAUACAACCUGUGCUGGGACAACCGCCAAUGCUGACCUCUUCAGCCAACCUCACCACCGCCUCCCUCCCACCCUGACCCACAUCCGCAACCCUCUGAGAGGCAACACAUAAUAGCACUAGCCCUAUGUUACAUUACUCUCUAUACCAUUGCAAUCAACAUUAUUAAACCCCCUUGAUCUGCAUUGCUGCCAUGAAGAAGAAUUUAUGAAAAAGGUUGAAUGAAAAUAUAAGUUUUGAAAUAUUUCAAUUUAAUUAUUUCACAAUAAGGGACAGCGUACAUUAGUGGUCUCAAACUCAAUUCCUUAGAGGGCCACAGAUCUGCAGAUUUUAACUCACACCAUCUCCAACUCACACCUGCUUAAUAGCCUCUGGUAGUCUUGAUUAGUUGGAUCAGCUGUGUUUAAUUAGGGUUGGAGCAAAGCUGUGCAGAGCUGCGGCCCUCCAGGAAUCCAGUAUGAGACCUAUGUCGUACAUUAAUCAACAUCCCUCAGGAACGUAAUUGUACCCAAAUUAGCCCAAAGACUAGUUUUCAUUGGUAGUCCCUUUUCCAGAUGUUGAAGGCCUAUAAAAAUACAAUUCAAACUGUAAACAAAACCCAAAUGGACAACAAAAACACCCACAACAACAACAAUAGCAAAAACACUAGUGUUUGCAAUGUUAAACUACAUGUAAACUACAAUAAAACGUUUCUAAAUAUAAAUUUGUGCCAAUUUAAAAAAGAA